CCAAAAACACAGAUAAAAAUCUCUCCUUUUUUCAUCACACACCGACAAGGAGAUUCCUUUUAACUAUGGCGAAGAAAGCAAGAAUUGUUAUAAUCGGAGCUGGAAUGGCUGGUCUCACGGCGGCUAACAAGCUCUACACAAGCUCCAACAACAUGUUCGACCUCUCCGUCGUCGAAGGUGGUUCUAGAAUCGGCGGUAGGAUCAACACCUCUGAGUUCUCCUCGGAGAAGAUUGAGAUGGGUGCCACGUGGAUCCACGGAAUCGGUGGAAGCCCUGUUUAUAGAAUCGCUAAAGAGACUGGUUCUUUAGUCUCCGACGAGCCAUGGGAGUGUAUGGAUUCCACCAUUGAUAAAGCUAAGACCUUUGCAGAAGGUGGGUUCGAGAUUGAGCCUUCGAUUGUUGAAUCCAUCUCUGGUUUGUUCAAUGCUCUCAUGGAGUUAGCUCAGGGGAAAGAGAUCUCUCAAUCCGACGCCGAUUUGGCUCGUUUGUCUCAUAUUUACGAAACUGCCACUAGGGUUUGCUCUAAUGGAAGUAGUAGUGUUGGGUCGUUUCUGAAAUCUGGGUUUGAUGCUUACUGGGAUUCAAUCAGCAAUGGAGGAGAAGGAGGAGAUGAUGGAGUUAAAGGGUAUGGGAAAUGGAGUAGAAAAUCUCUUGAAGAAGCCAUUUUUACGAUGUUUAGUAACACACAGAGGACUUACACAUCUGCUGAUGAUCUCUCGACGCUUGAUUUCGCGGCGGAGAGUGAGUAUCAGAUGUUUCCAGGAGAAGAAAUCACUAUAGCUAAAGGCUAUCUCAGUGUUAUUCAUCAUUUAGCAUCUGUUCUUCCUCAAGGUGUUAUCCAGUUGAAUCGAAAGGUGACGAAGAUCGAGUGGCAGAGUAACGAAGUGAAGCUGCAUUUCUCAGAUGGGUCUGUUGUUUUUGCAGAUCAUGUUAUUGUUACUGUCUCUUUAGGUGUGCUUAAAGCAGGGAUUGAGAGUGAUGGAGAAUUGUUUAGUCCUCCUUUGCCUGAUUUCAAAUCAGAUGCUAUUAAGAGGCUAGGUUAUGGAGUUGUCAACAAGCUGUUCGUUGAGAUGUCUCAGAGAAAGUUCCCGUCUCUGCAACUUGUGUUUGACCGGGAGGAUUCUGAGUUUAGGUUUGUGAAAAUCCCAUGGUGGAUGAGAAGAACAGCGACAUUAACCCCAAUCCAUAGCAAUUCGAAGGUCUUGCUUUCUUGGUUUGCAGGCAAAGAAGCUCUCGAGCUUGAGAAACUAACCGAUGAGGAGAUCAUAGACGGUGUCAUGACCACUAUCUCUUGCUUGACAGGCAAGGAAGUCGAGAAAGAUACCGCAAAGACUUCAAGGCCCUUGACUAAUGGCUCUUUGAAAGAUGAUGAUGAUGAUGAAGUCAUGAAGAUCACAAAUGUCUUGAAGAGCAAAUGGGGAAGUGAUCCUCUGUUUCGCGGCUCCUAUUCGUAUGUGGCGGUUGGGUCAAGCGGAGAUGACCUAGACGCCAUGGCUGAGCCAUUGCCAAAGAUUAAUAAGAAGGUUGGUCAGGUCAAUGGUCAUGAUCAAGCCAAGGUUCAUGAGCUUCAAGUCAUGUUUGCAGGGGAAGCAACACAUAGAACCCAUUACUCCACAACUCAUGGUGCCUACUAUAGUGGUUUAAGGGAAGCCAAUAGGCUUCUCAAGCAUUACAAAUGUAAUUUUUGAGUGUUAAUUUUUAAGAAUAUGUUCUGUUUUUUUGGGUAAAAUGUGUUUAGAGAAGCAUAAUUAGUUUUGUAAGAUUUUUUAAUUGUUUACCUUCAAUUUGGUUUUUCUUUUACUGUUUUUACUUUUUCUUCAUUACAAAUUCACAGCCACUUUCCAAUCUAAAAAAAGCAAAUGUUCUGA